AUGCCUGGCAUCUUCGACGCCUAUGACCCCCCACUAGGUCCUUUUGAAAAGAUUAUACCCUGGAUUGCAAUUCUCGCUGGCCUGUUGUUUAGCAUCUUCACUCGUUCGUGGGACUAUUGGAGGCUUCGACAACACAAAGCAGCAGACAUCACGCCGGAAGAUAAGCUCGCAAGCUUUGCCUUUGCCGCUCCGAGUUUGGCGAUUGGACUCUGGUGGUUCGCGUGGACAGUGCCAGAUCACGAGGAUACGCAGGCUGCUGUAUCGUGGGUGGUGCCUGCCAUGAGCCUUGUGUUCAUCGGCUGGGCAUUGAACGAGUUCGACAUGGUCCUCGCAGGCUACUUGACCGAUACGUACAACGCGUAUUCUUCGAGCGCGUUCGGAGCCAUGAAUCUGGUCCGCUGUGUCCUAAGCUCGGUAUUUCCUCUCGUGGCUCCGAAGCCUUAUGGAAGCUUGGGAACUCACUUGGCGGGAACAGUCCUGGCUGCCGCAGCGACAGCCUUCUGUCUGGUACCGCCGAUCUUCCUAAGAUAUGGCGCUGCGAUCAGAGGGAAGAGCAAAGUCGCGGUCGUGAGUGCAGUACUAAAUAACGAGGAUCAGACGAUGUCAUGA